AUGAUGGCAACCUCAAGCCGCAGCUUCCCCCGCACGGCGUGGUGCGCCAGCGAAGUCCUCGACCCCAGUGUGACGCCACACGCGCGCCGUCUCCGCACGGCGGCGCGCGACGCGAGUUUAACGUGGGAGCUCGCGGUGCUCGACGGUGACUGGAAGGCGGUCGACGAGGGCUGCGUCGCGCUCUGCAUCCUCGCGAAGGCGGACGAACUGGUGGCAACUCGUGAGCUCGACGACUGGGUCGUCAAUGCCGUCGUGUGGGUCGCGUACGAGAUGGCGAAGGACGCUGCCCCGAGGAAGAUGACAUUCCAGCCCUAUACCGAAGUGUUCAGCUUCGUCUCCAAGGCGCUGUACAUCAUGUGCCUGCCGCCCAAGGAGGCUGCAGCCGUCACCAUCGACGUGGCCGCCUUCGACCCGAUCCACGAGGCGCCGUGGACCAUGGACGGGGAAGUGGUGAAGGAUACGCUCGCGGAGGCCGUACUGCGGUGCUUCGAGCACGUGUACGACGCGGGGGUCGAGCACGACACCGACGACGAGGGCACCGAAGGGUCGAGCACAAUGUGUAGUGACGAUGGGACGCAGGUCGCCAGGGAGGAGAGCGGCGCCACGAAGGUUGCCGGAGCCGCUGCGAAGAGCGCAAAGCCGCGCCCGUACACCUGGCCCCUGUACCACAUGGCGCUGCCCACGAUCCCGCUCCUCGUCGCCACGAACGGGACGCCGCCGGUCCAGGACGUCAGCCUGCCGUUCGACGUUGUGGACUUGGACCGGCUUGUUGUCCCGGGGGUGGUGUGGGAGGAUGAGGUGUGCGCUGAGGCGGGCGGGUACAUCGACAUUGAAGUCGAGGACAACAAUGACAACGACAAUGUCGACAAUGACAACGGCGAUACCGUCCACAAUGGAAAUGACAACAGCGACAACUACGACACCGACUCCGACUCGGACGUCCAGUGCCACCCCGACUGCUUUGACCCGUUCAACUGCCGCUACGACGCAAGCGAUACGUGGGACUGUGAGGAAGACUAUGUCCCCGUCGGGCGGGUAGUCGAGCUCGAGGAUAUGGUCAGCUAUGACGUGCCAGCGGACAUCAUCCUCGCCAGUCUCCUUCUCGACAAACUCCAGGAGACCCAGACAGUCGAUGCAGUCGACCUCGACCUCGAGAGCUUCGACAAGGGCGUCUCCGAGCUCGAACCCAGUCUCGACAGCAUCGACCACCUCAUCCCAGUGUUCGACAUCGACGCUCUCCCCGACAUGACCGCGAUCCUCGCCACGGAGCUUUCAGCGCCAAACAUGAGCGACUUUCUCGCCGACGCGCCGAACAUGAGUGACUUUCUCGCCAACGUGCCAGACAUGAGCGACUUUGUCGCCCCCACGCCGGACACGAGCGACGAGUUCACCAGCGCCGACGCGGACGGCGAGAGCGAUAGCUUCGAGUACGACGACGCGGGUGUGUGGGGGCUGUAG